UUGCCGUCGGUCUGGGACCUCGUGCUUCAGUGCAAUCCUCCAUUGACCGUGGCGUGGCAGGUCAGAAUGGAACCCCGGAGAUUGGCGUUAGUCCUUACCCUGCUCAUCUGUAUUAUCACACCCACCCUACAAGUUUGUUUCAAAGCUAAAGUUCAGAAUGGGAAGGUAAGAUUACGUCGACGUGGAAGGAUGGCGAUCUACAAAUGCCGGCGAGGGUUUUCCAUGUACGGAAGUAAAAUCGCCGUGUGUCGCCAGGAGAGAUGGAGUCACCCGCCGCCAAAAUGUAUAGCCCCUGGUUGCCCCGAUAUCGUGGCUAGCGCCGGUCUUGUAGCCAAACCAUCGUUUAAUUCGGCCAAGAUGAGUUUCAGCUGUCAGGAUUCCUUCAAACUGUACGGCCCGACUGAGAUCUUCUGUGAUAAAGUCAGCUGGGAUAAGCCUCCGCCUGUUUGUCGAGCUACGUCAUCGGUGUUGGAAUGUGAUUUUGAACAAAGUGAUUUGUGUGGCUGGAGGCAGUCCACAAACGACGAUUUUGAUUGGAGCAGACACUCCGGCCAGACUCAGUCAGGACACACUGGACCGCAGACUGACCAUACGUAUGGAAAGCUGAAGAAAGGUUAUUAUAUGUACAUCGAGACCUCUUCGCCCCGGAAAACGGGUGACGAGGCAGAUUUACUUUCCCCGGUGUAUCAACCGGAGCAGAGCGACCAGUGCUUCUCUCUGUGGUACCACAUGUUCGGCAAAACGGACGUAGGAAGUUUGGACAUCUUCAUAAAGCCGGAGAGCGGAGACUUGAAUUCUGUCAAUUCAAGUUUCCACGUGGUCGGUAACCAAGGAGACGUCUGGUUGAGAGCUCAGACAACUGUUCCACCCCUUGACGAAAACUUUCAGGUUGUGAUUAGAGGUAAACGUCUGGAGGGCUACGCCAGUGAUAUAGCCAUUGACGAUGCUAGGCUUUACAACUGUUCGGAAGAAUUUAUCACAAGCACGACAGAAUCAACGACAGUAAGUGUGGAAACGACAACGACAGAGCCCGCAACCACAGCCACUAUAACCAUUAGAACGAGGCCGCCACCGACAAGAGCAACCACGAUGAAAACUGUGGCAACCAGGACAAGCCGGGCGACAAGGGCGCCAACCACACAGACCCCAAUGACAAAUCCAUCGAAAACCAUACCAAAACGAACAACUAAAAUGCCUAUGGUCAAAACCACUCGAAGAACUCCAACGAUAUCCUCAACAGCAGUUGUCAGUAUUAGAACAACAAAACGAGUGCCCACUCGACCAAAAUGGACAUGGCGAACGCACAGAACCACACUGUCAACGACGACACCACGUAGCAGAACCACGCGACAACCUACAUCACCGACCCCACGGAAGCCACGCACAACAAAACGAACACGUCGACCAAAAACCACCAAAACGACGCCAAUGUCCACAAGUAUGCCUAAGCCCACGACCCAAGUCGUAACUUCCAACAUGACAAAAACAAACUCAAGGAGACCCAUUCUUGAUGAUGGGAACAAAACCAGCGACGUCACAAAUUUGCCGUCUACGUCACCCGCAGACGUUAACACAACUGACGCUAAUAAUCGCGUGGUCGACCCUCAAGUGACGACAAUAGACCUACGCAACGCAAGCGCUGAAGCUGGAAACAUUACUGAACCGUUUUCAGGGAAGGGCUCUGUGAGUACAAACAUGAAUGGUUUGAUUCCUCUCGCCAUCGGAAUAGGCGGAGGUGUUCUCUUUGUCAUCAUAAUCAGUGUCAUCUUGAUAGCAAUUUGGGCUAAAAAGAAAAAACAUCGAGAUGUGAAGCCGUAUGAGGAACUGGAACCUAUAACAAAAGCCAUGUCAAAGACAAGUCUUAAUUUAAACCUAGUGAAUGACUACAAUAUAAUAGAUAACGAGUGAGCCUUGGAUGUUACCCCUGCCUACCUAACGUCGAGACCUCUGGUUCCUACACGUCACUGUAUUUGUAAAUAGGAGCUCCAGCUAACAUUCCAUAAGUCUUACCUUUCUUUCAACGAUGUGAUUUGCAAACAGUUUAUUACAUACUGGGUAUACAAACCCUGUUACGUGUGGGUAUGUAUAUAAUCUAUUUAUUAUUCCGUCACCUGCGCUGCUUAUCUUUCGCCAACAUUUAUUAUAGGACUGUGCUUGCUGGAACAGAAGGAAAGCAGUGGAUAUUUACACAACAGGGGUGUCUUGAGGAACAUUUUGUGCUUUCUAGAGCAUAUAAGCUUCAGGAAAAGACGUUUUGUGCUUUUUUACAGAAUUCAACCUUUAGAAAAGGAAUUACACUGGAAGAAGCUGAAAUAAGUGCAUUCAAUGUCUGAAGAAUAACGUUUGGUUAGACACGGUCGCAAGAUACCGGUACUUUCCUAAAUGAUGUUAAGAUGAAGGCUGUCUUUUGCAUGUGGUUGUUAUUCACUUCUGAGCUAUUUUGGCCAUUGAUGUAUACAGCUCGUGAUUCACGUGGCUUCAUUGUUAACAACUAAUUCUCGACUGCUCAGUGGACCGUGACCAUUAAACUGCAGCACGUGCAUAACAGUAACAGGGAAUGGUAUCAGAUAACCUCACAAGGUUCUGUAGAGCUCAAGUGGUUUGAAUGAGUAGUAACACCUACAGUCCAUACAUUCAGUUCAAUGCCGGUUCAGAUACGGCAAAGGAAAGUCUUACCUCUUUGUGGUACUCAUGUUAGUAUACUUCCAAAGUUUGAUCUGCUUAGGUGAAAAAAAUGUUAUCUGUAUACCGGAUCGUGCAUGUGUAAACAUUGCGGCAUCUGUAAGCCUGGAUUAAGCUGAUUUUUUUCACAUAUUUAAUAUACGAUAAUCACCGCUUAGAUUUUAAAGGCAAUGUAGUGCUAUUUUUAGCCCCUGUGUGCAGCAGAUUGUUCUUCCUUUUGCCAUACAUGUGUGAAUAAGUCAACCCCAAACAAAGAGAAUUCAUAUUUAAAGUUACUCCUGCAGAAACGGUGUGGAUAUCUUUAGGGCCUUUAUUUUGGUUGUCGACAUAUAAGGAUUGAGCAUAUAUAUAUCAUUACUACUAUAUGUGUAAUUUUUCCCCCCUUCGUUAACUCAAAUUUGAAUUUUAGUUGUUCUAUUAAUAUAAAUCUCAAGGAGAUAGGAGUUUUGCUUGUUAUGUCACCUGAUAUUCUUGUAGAAUGUCCCUUAAUUAAUAUCAUGAUUUACUUUACUUGUAAAUAUUGGCAGACAAGGGCCCUCUUCGUUAUGUCAUUUACGAAUAAACCUAUGUGUACAGGACAUAUCUUUUGUGAACAAAAUUA